CACAAUACUCCUCUGUUCCUGGUGAUUAGUUUCAGCCUGAUCUGUUGCUGGAGCUGUGUCUCCUCCUCCAGCUGCACAGGAAGAAGUGACUGACAGAGUAACCACAGGAAGAAGUGUCUGACACAGUGUAACGCUGAUCACAUGAGUCUUCUGCAGUCAUUGUGAUCCAGAACAAUGACAUCAGUGACAAGAGAUGUGUUUGGUAACCUGCCUGAUGGCAAGACGGUGGAGAAGUUUUUUCUUGAGUCAGACUUUGUUAAGGCAGAGAUCAUAACCUUUGGUGGCAUCAUAACUCGUCUAGAAACAAAAGAUAGACAUGGAAAAUUCACAGAUAUUGUUCUCGGGUUUGAUAGUUUGGAAGGCUAUUUAAACAAGCAUCCCUACUUUGGAGCAGUGGUUGGACGAGUUGCAAACAGGAUUGCCAAUGGUAAAUUCAGCAUUGAUGGUCAGGAGUACCAAUUACCCAUUAACAAUGGGCCAAAUAGCAUCCAUGGAGGACUCAAGGGCUUUGAUAAGGUGCUCUGGAAACCUAAGGAGAUUGAAAAUGGUGUUCAGCUUUCAUACAGAAGUGCUGAUGGAGAAGAAGGAUACCCUGGUGAAUUAGACGUCUGGGUAACAUACACGCUUGUUGGUAGUGAGCUCACUAUAAACUAUAAGGCUCGGACCAGUAAGACCACACCUAUCAACCUAACAAACCACUCUUAUUUAAAUUUGGCAGGACAGGGGUCAGAAAACAUAUAUGACCAUGAGAUUUCUAUUGAUGCUGAGCACUAUCUUCCUGUAAAUGACACCAUGAUACCAACAGGAGAAGUGGCGCCAGUUCAAGGAACCAGCUUUGACUUACAGAAGCCUGUUGACCUUGGGAGUCAGAUUGCCAAACUGGACGGAAAUGGCUUUGACCACAACUUCUGCUUGAAUAUGACUGACAAGAAACACUACUGUUCAAGGGUAUAUCACAAGCCAAGUGGCAGAGUACUCACUGUCUGUACAACUCAACCUGGUGUCCAGUUCUACACUGCCAAUUUCUUGGAUGGAUCUUUAAAGGGAAAAGGUGGUGCCAUAUAUCCUAAACACUCUGCAUUUUGUCUUGAGACUCAAGCAUGGCCAGAUGCAGUUAACAAGCCACAGUUCCCAAAUGCUCUUCUACAUCCAGGAGAGGAAUAUGACCAGACUACCCAGUUUAAUUUCUCUGUGGAAUAAAACUGUUUAAAUUUACCAUACAGCAGAGAUUAUCUGUCCCACUUUAGCUGCUGGUGAAUUGUCGACCUGUCUUCUAGCUUUCAGUGGAUCUAUGAUCAGGAUCUUUUACUGUAUAUCUACACAUGACCAUCUCAAUACCGAAAUGAUUACAUACAUUCACAUCUAAUCCCUUUUUUUAAAUAAUUAUUUCUGUUGCAUUUCUUGACAGCCUAGGGAAUUCAGCAUUAUCAUUGUGAUAAAUAAGCAUUAAAUCAUUUAGUAUAUUUCUGUGCGCUAAAUUAUAUUUAUAUUUCUGUGUACACUAAAAUCAUUUUAGAAAUGGUUUAUCAAAAAACUUGUAUUUUUUCUUUGUAUCUUAAUAAAGAUAUUUCACCAAAUGCAUUAAG